GGGGGUAAUAGAUUUUGGGGUCAUCCAACUUUGUUCAAAUUGUAAAAUGGUUACCUAAUUUUAAUUCAUGAUUACCCUACUAUACUAAAGUGAUAAAUUCCGGUGAUAUUUUUCCUACGUGGUUGCCGGAUGCAAAGUCACGCCUUCCUCCUUCGCCAUAUCAUCCCAGAAAACUCCUAAAAUUCCACGUCAUCGUCCAUGUCAUCAUCUUCUCCCCUAACUUCUUUUAACAUUUUUCAUUAAACAUUAAAUCUGAAAACAAAUUCCAUUAAACCUCAAUUUGGAAAAAAAAUUGCAUCAACCAUCGUUUCUGGUGUUUGGGUAUGAAUCCAGACAAAGAGUUUUCGGUGUUUGGUGAAAUUUUUUUAUGGGUUGUGUUUAUUUUUGGUGUUUAGUGGAAAAUGUUGAAAGAAAUUAGGAAAGAUGACGAUGAUUUGGACGAUGAUGCCGUGCAUUGUAGUAUGACAUGGCAAAGGGGAGGAAUGACUCAGCCGCUGGCAGCCACAUAAAAAAAUAAUGGCCGGAAAGGCGGAAAUCAUUUAGAACCGCCGCAAAGUUAACUUUAGUAUAGUAGAAUAACUAUUUUAUAAGGUUUUGAAUUGGUGACUAUUUUGCAACUUUGGGCAAAAUUUGGGUGACACCCAAGAAUCUAGUACCCAAUACAAAACUAGCCAAAUGCAUUCCAAUUUUUUAAAUAAUUUCUUGAAAUUUACAGGUCAUAUCAUAAGGUGCAAGACAAUGCCGAAACCCUUGUUCAGUUUCCAUGUUAAGACAAUGUAGUUAUGCAGAUGGGAUACAAGCAUGAGUGGAUAAACUUUUGGUCAGUGAAAUCCUAAAUUCUCAAACCAGAACAACUCUGAACGUUAGGAAAGCCCAGGGAGCAUUUUAAAGCAUGGGGCAAAGGAUCAAGCCAUUUGACAUUGUCCCAAGGAGCUGGUUCAAUAGCUUUGUUGACCGCAAGUUUUGCUGAUUAAAGUGGCUCAUCUGUUUUCUCAUAGUCACCGCCAAUCAAUCAAGGUAAUGUUUCUUUAACUUGUGAAUCUCCCCAGCUUAAUUCCGCUGCAAUUGUAAAUUCGCUUUAAUUUAGUACUGCUGUGCUGCAUAUAAUCGUUUCAAUUUGAAAUAUUUAUUACUGUUUUUUUAUCCAUUUCAAGAUUGGAUUUAUUUGAUCUGCCGUUUUAUAUUACAACAACUAAAGUUUUAGAUUUGUAGACUGUAUGUAGAUAGAUCUGGUUCAAUUCAUCAUAUUUUGUUUUUCAUUUGAAGCAUGUCUGAACUGUAUAACGAUUUGUUAAACGUUUUACGCUAUUGAAGGCCUUAAUCCAAUCAUCAUAAAUCAUUACAAAAAAUGCUAUACCAAGCAGAGAAGUAAUUGCCAUUGUUCUGAUUUAUCAAUACAUCUCUGUGCAGAUCAUUUCUUGAAAUUUCUAACAAACAUCAGGUGCUUUGUUAAUUAGCAGACAUGGAAAAGAAAGGAAAUCUUGCAGCAAAUUUAUCGCUGUCAUCUCCUUCUUCUUCUUUUACCCAAAAAUGGAAGUAUGAGGUGUUCUUGAGUUUUAGAGGUGAAGAAACUCGUACUAAGUUUACUAGCCAUUUAUAUGCUGCUCUACGCCGUAAAUCGAUCAACACCUUCAUUGAUAACAAACUUAGGAGAGGAGAUGAAAUCACACCUGCUCUUAUGAAUGUCAUUGAAGAGUCGAACAUUGGAAUCAUCAUUUUCUCAGAUGACUAUGCUUCUUCACCGUUCUGCUUAGAUGAAGUUGCUAAGAUGAUUGAAUGCACCAAAACUCAUGCACAGAUAGUUAUUCCGAUAUUUUACCACAUUGAUCCAUCAGAAGUAGAGAACCAAACUGGGAGUUUUGCCACAGCUUUUGCUAAACAUGAGAUUCACAACUUUGACGAAGUGCAGAGGUGGAAAGCUGCCUUAUCCAAAGCAGCCAGUAUGGCUGGAUGGCACAUCGAUGGUACUAGCCUGGAGUCUGAGAUCGUUGUAAACAUUGCCAAUGAUAUUUUGAAAAAAUUGAAUGCAGCAUGUUCAUGUGAUUUAAACGGCCUUGUGGGUGUAAAACCUCGUAUUAAGCAUAUCGAGGCAUUAUUGCUCAAUGAGUCGCUAGAUAUUCGUAUGCUAGGCAUAUGGGGCAUGGGAGGAAUUGGUAAAACAACCCUUGCUGAAGCUGUUUUCAGUCAAAUUAAAGACCAAUUUGAAGGAUGCUGCUUUCUUCCAAGUGUUAGGAUAAAUUGUGAAAAAGAUGGUGAUUAUAUAAUAAAGCAGCUCCUUUUUCAAAUAUCAGGGGAGAAAGAUGAAUAUAUUAACUCAGUAGAUAUCCGAUACUCUACUUCCAUUGCAAGGAUGCUUAAUAUAAAGGCCUUAGUUGUUGUGGAUGAUGUGAAUAGCACUCAACAGUUGGAAUUCUUUCUACAUAAUCGCCAUGUCUUUGGUAGAGGAAGCAGAAUAAUUGUGACAAGCAGGGAUAAACAUACACUUUCAUGGUGUUGUGUUGAUGAUAUUUACGAAGUUAAUGGAUUAGAUUUCAAGGAGGCUCAGAUGUUCUUUUAUCAGAGUGCCUUUAGGAAAAACUUUCCUGCACAAGAGCAUAGUUUUCUAGCAGAUUUGUUUAUAACCUAUGCAAAUGGUAAUCCUUUGGGUCUUAAAAUCUUGGGUUCUUUGUUAUUUGGCAAGAAUGCAAGAGAAUGGAAAAGUGCAUGGGAUAAACUUCAAAAAUAUCCUACAGAAGGUAUUCAGAAUGUGCUGAAAAUUAGUUAUGACGACCUUGACAAAGAAGAAAGGGAUAUCUUUCUACAUCUUGCAUGUUUCUUUAGAGGUGAGAGAAUGAAUGAGGUUACAAAGAUCCUGAAUGCGUGUGGCUUUAAUACAGACAUUGCUUUAAGUGUUCUUAUUGAUAAGUCGCUUAUAACUAUUAUAGAAACAUACAGCUAUCAUUCAUUAGAAAUGCCUAGCUGCUUAGAAAUGCAUGACUUAUUGCAAGAAAUGGGCAAGGGAAUUGUUCGAGAAGAAUCUAGGGAGCCAGGCAAACGAAGCAGACUAUGGGAUCAUGGCGAAAUUGUUCGGGUGCUAAAAGAAAAUGCUGGAACUGGAGCGAUUGAAGCCAUAUGCCUGGACAUGUCUAAAAUUGAUAAAAUAGACUUAAACCCAUAUGUUUUUAAGAGCAUGUCUAGCCUCAAGUUACUUAAAUUUUAUGAUGGAAGUGAAGAAAAAGCUGGUAAGGUUCACUUUCCACAAGGCCUUGAAUGUCUUCCAUCUGAGCUGCGUUAUCUUUAUUGGCAUGGGUACCCAUUGGAAUCUUUGCCGUCUAAUUUUGAUCCAGCGGAACUUGUGGAGCUCCAUUUGCCUUACAGCAUGAAUAUCAAAAGCUUGCAAAACUUCGAGGUUCCUCAAUCCAGCCGCCUUCUCAAAGUACCAAUGCUAUUAGGAGCUAGGAAUCUUGUUCACAUAAACAUGUAUGGCUGUGCAAGAAUUGAAACUUUUCCUAGUACCAUCGGUUUGAAGUCUCUUGAGACUCUGAAUCUCACGAGAUGCUCAAAACUUGCGACGUUUCCAGAAGUUUCAAGUAAUGUGAAAUCAUUGGAUAUAAGCUAUACCGCAAUAAAAAUUGUUCCAGCAACACUCGGCUCACUUUACAGAUUGGAGGCUUUCAUUUUAAUAAAUUGCAUUAAGCUCAAACACCUGUCAGGCAGCAUCUGUAAGUUGAAAUCUCUUGAGAUGCUUGAACUAUCUGGCUGCUUAAGUCUACAGCAUUUUCCAGAAAUCUCGGAAACCAUGGAACAUUUAAAGUAUCUUUACUUAGAUGGAACAGCAGUUGAAAAGCUACCCUCAUCCAUAGAGAAUCUAAAAAAUCUUCAUUGGCUACGUCUUGAAAACUGUAGAAACCUUAUCCAUCUUCCAAAAAGCCUCCGUAACUCAACAUCUCUUUGUGGCAUUAAUUUAUCUGGUUGCCUGAAGCUUAAGAAGAUGCCAUUAUUAGUUUCUCAUUGUCGAUAUCCGGAUGGAGGUUUUAUAUUAACAUCACUUUCUGAACUGAGCAAACAGGUUAUUGGUUUAGAAGCAACUACAUGUUAUCUAUUUAGACCAGUUGCCGAUGAGAGUAGCUUAUUUUCAAUUGUGUGCUUAGAUUUGAGUGGUAAUAGAUUUGAGAUGCUGCCUUCUAAUAUCAAGAAUCUCUAUGCACUGAGGGAUCUUGACAUAAGUUUCUGUGAUAAGCUUCGUUCAUUGCCAGAUCUUCCCAAGUCUCUUAUUUAUUUAAAUGCUAAUGCAUGUGGAUCAUUGGAAACAUCUGGCAUUGAAAACCUCUUUCAUUGUCAUGGAGAUGGUGUAAUUAGAAAAUUCAUCUUUACUAAUUGCCUGAAAUUGUAUGAGACUCCAUGGGAUAAGUGCAACGCAGGUUUGGACUGGACAAUUGAACUCUCAUCUGCAAUUGCAAUUGCGCCUGGUCACGGAGUGCAGCAACUUUGUAGUGCAAGGAUUAUCAUUGAUUCUGGGAAAAAUAGUCCUGCUCGAAACUUGACGUAUACAAGCAUGGAAAAUUCAAUAAAAAUUCCAUUUUCUAAACAUUCUAAUCAUUGCAGCUUUCAUGACAGUGAGACUGAUCUAUGCUUGGUUAUAAAUUUUCCGGCUUACUCCAUUCUCGAACCUUUUAAAAUUUACGGUGUUGCUAAAAGUAAAAGCCAUUAUUUGCGGAAGUCUAUCGUAAUUUGGUCAGAGCGUAAGGAGAAUCUUUUCUCAGUUAAAGGUUCUAGAGACGCCUCUUUAAAAAUCUUCCUUUCUCCUGAAGAUGUUGAUGGGCUGAUGUUGGGCAGCAAGACUGGAGUACGUCCUCUGUAUUCAUGUCCCUUGCAAUGCACACGUAGAUGAUGUGAUUCAUUAAUGCAUCGAGAUACUGCAAAAACAAGAUCAUGAUCAACGCUCCCGACUGAAUGCCCAAUUUUAGUUCCAAUUUUGAUGGUGGCGUUUUUUUAAUACAUAGCUGCUAAUUAGUUGGCAGGAAAAGUGAGAAAUUUGAGUUUCUCGUCAUCUAGAUCUAGAAGAAUGUUUCAGGCACUAAAAUUUUUAAAGGACACAAGUAGAUGUUCAUUUUUUCUGGUUUUAUGUUAUUAUUCAAUUUUUAUUCAAUACAACUUUUAUGCUCUACAAUCAACAGUUGUCCAUAAUGCUCCUAAUCUGCAUCACUUCUGCCUCCGAAUCAGAACUAAGCAUUACAUCAAUUCGUUCAAGUUGUUUGGUAAGAUUGGGAAUCAUGGUCCUUGAGUUAAGAAUGGAUUGGGUAUUUGUUUUUUCUGUUUGAAAUGGUGAUCUAGGUUGUAUUUGCUGUUGGGAAGUAAACUGGAAGAGGGAAAAUAAGUGUCAAACAGUUUUUAUGAUGCUUUCUUUCUUGUUGUGGAGUUCUUUGCACUGUCUGUCUCGUUUGAAAGUAAAAUUUCAUUUAUUGUGAGUUGUAAUAUUCUUGUCUGCAGAUUAUAGAAAAUAAAAGUAUGACAGAUAAAUUUACGACAUACCAGGUGCUAUAUUACCGGUUUGUUGAAGAUGCAGGCAUCACCAUUAAAGCGGGGUCAGACAGAGAAGUUACUAUAUAUUUACGGGUCUAUAAUGAAAUGUCCGACCGCAAGUAUGCAGAGAGAGUAUCAGAUGAUCGGAGCUUUUCUUACAACAUAUGAAGCUAAACGUGACCUUGAGAUGCCUCUCCGUAACACAAAUUCAGCAGCGUCAUUAUUCUCACUUUUUUUUACUAUGGCUAGCUAGUUUAGAGAAUUUUAAAUAUGCAAAAUAACCAUCAUAUGCUAAUGAUAACUUUAAU